GCUGUGUGGGGAGCUCCGCUCUGCUGUGAGGCCUGUGUUGUGUCCCCGCCGCCGCCUCCAGGCCCCGCUCCGCUCUGGGUGACGGCGGGAUCGAGGUCCGGGCGCCUGACUUGACGUGUCAGCCGCCGGUGUGUGUGUGUGAGUGUGUGAAGCGCGGCUCCUCCCGGCCUCUCCCUCCCUCCCUCCCUCCCCCCCGACCAUGAGCAGCGGUGAGGGCUGAGGCGGCUCCCGCCCCCGAACCAUGGACGAGAAAUACAGCAGCAACGUGAUGGCGAGCGCCAGACUGGGCCCCGUGGAUGUGCCCAACUCCAGGUUAACCAGAUACAUCGUCUUGCUGUGUCUGGCUAAAUUCCUUAAGGUCCUCGGAAUUUUUGAAUCAUAUGACCUCCUUAAAGUGGUUCACAUUGUCCAGUUUGUCUUCAUAAUCCAGUUGGGAUCUGCAUUAUUCUUGGUUUUGUUUCAAAAACCGUUUUCUUCUGGCAAAUCAAUUUCAAGACGUCAGUGGAUUAAGAUUGCUAAGCAUGCAGUUGUUGGUUGCAUUAUUUCACUAUUGUGGUUCUUCGGACUCACGCUUUGUGGACCACUAAGAACGGUACUUCUAUUUGAACACAGUGACAUUGUUGUCAUUUCAUUGCUUGGUGUACUGUUUACAAGCUCUGAUGGUGGCCCAGCAAAGACAAGAGGGGCAGCGUUCUUCAUCAUUGCUGUCAUUUGUAUAUUACUGUUUGAUAAUGAUGACCUCAUGGCCAAGAUGGCUGAACACCCUGAGGGACAUCAUGACAGUGCUUUAACCCAUGCACUAUAUACAGCCAUCUCUUUCCUUGGUGUAGCAGAUCACAAGGGUGGGGUGCUACUACUCGUGAUGUCACUGUGUUUCAAGGUUGGUUUUCAUACAGCCUCCAGGAAGCUCUCUGUGGACGUCGGUGGAGCCAAGCGUCUGCAUACGCUGUCUACUCUUGUUUCAGCGCUUUUAUUGUUUCCGUGGGUGAUCGUAUUGACUGCAACUACAGAGACUAAAAUAGAAUCCUGGUCUUCCCUCAUCAUGCCAUUUGGAACCAUCAUCUUUUCUGUGUUCAUAUUGGACUUCUAUGUGGAAUCCAUAUGUCUAACCAAGAUGGAAGCCCCCAAGUGUGCACAGUAUGGUUCAGUUCUGCUCUUUCUUGGCGCCCUGCUUCUUGCCAAUUUCUGGACACACCCACUAACUGAUCAACUACGCAUCAUCAACAAACCAAACCUGCAGCAGAGCACUGAGCAUGUGUUGUCAGGCGGUGUGGUGGUUAGUGCUGUAUUCUUCAUCCUUGCUGCCAAUAUCUUAUCUUCACCCUCCAAGAAAGGUCAGAAAGGUACACUAGUCGGAUACUCACCUGAAGGGACUCCACUCUACAACUUUAUGGGAGAUGCCAUGCAGCAUACAUCCCAGUCCCUGCCCAGAUUUAUUAAGGAAUCACUGAAACAAAUCCUGGAGGAAUAUGAUUCAAGACAGAUCUUCUACUUUCUCUGCCUUAACCUAGCCUUUACUUUUGUGGAACUCUUCUAUGGUGUGUGGACAAACAGCCUUGGUCUCAUCUCUGAUGGUUUUCACAUGCUGUUUGACUGCUCUGCUUUAGUCUUGGGACUCUUUGCUGCCCUAAUGACCAGAUGGAAGGCAACUCGAAUUUAUUCUUAUGGAUAUGGGCGCCUUGAAAUUCUGUCCGGAUUCAUUAAUGGCCUUUUCCUAAUGGUCAUAUCAUUUUUUGUUUUUAUUGAGUCUGUGGCAAGAUUGUUUGAUCCGCCAGACAUAGACACAGAUAUGCUCACGCCGGUCUCUAUCGGAGGUCUCAUAGUGAACCUGAUUGGCAUCUGUGCCUUUAGUCAUGCUCAUUCCCAUAGUGGAUCCCGAAGUAGCUGUUCUUCACACGAGCAUGGUCAUGGGCACGGUCAUUCCCACAGCGACCAUGGACAUGGAGGAGGACACGGUCACAGUCACAGUCAUGGACACUCCCAUGGAUCUUCAGGGAGAGGAAUGAACGCUAACAUGAGAGGAGUGUUUCUGCAUGUGCUGGCAGAUACAAUGGGAAGCAUUGGCGUGAUCAUCUCUUCUCUUCUAAUUCGUCAAUUUGGUUGGUUGGUGGCUGAUCCAAUCUGCUCUCUCUGUAUUGCUGUAUUAAUAUUUCUAAGCGUCAUCCCGCUUAUGAAUGAUGCUUGUCAAGUUUUGCUGCUACGGACUCCACCAGAAGAGGAGAAGGAACUCAGUAAUGCCCUAAAUAAGAUCCAAAAAGUUGAAGGUGUUUUAUCCUAUCGAGAUUCUCAUUUCUGGCGCCACUCAGCUAGUGUGAUUGGAGGAACCAUCCAUGUGCAGGUGAUGCCAGAUGUUGUGGAGCAGAGAAUUAUACAGCAGGUGACAGCCAUUUUAAAAGAUGCUGGAGUGAACAACUUGUCGGUUCAAGUGGAGAAGGAGGCCUUCUUCCAGCACAUGUCUGGUCUAAGUGCCGGCUUCCAUGAUAUUCUCGCUAUGACUCGGCAAAUGGAAGCUGUAAAAUAUGUUAAAGAUGGUACAUACAUCAUGUGACCAAUAAAGACAAAGGCAAACUUUCUUGUGAAUGAAAGCUGGUGAAAAGGAACCAAGAUAACUUCAACGACUGGCAUAUUUCAGGGUCUAAUAGUAUUUAUCAACAGAUUGGCAAGAUUUAUACAUCAUGUAAUAUAUGUAUUGGAUUAGGACCAGCAUUCUUGAAAAGAUCAUUUUGUUUAUUAGAAAAUUGAUAAUUGGAUAUUUGAAGAAACCACAGUGAAAUGGCAAAUGUCAGCAUUAGAUACAUUGUGUAUAAAGUAUUAUAUUGCCAAUUAUAUUAAAUAUAUGGAUCUACAGGAAGUUAACCUGGUGUUUACAUUUCAGCUUUUAAGGGAUGGAUUUGUAAAUUUCUCUAUGUACAGUAUUGUACAUCGGGAAAGAUUGGGUGGCUAUAAGUCUCUUCAAAAUCAACUGCUGGAAAUAUAGAAGAUAUAUAAAAGGCAGUAUCCAGUAGAAACUCCAGGGUUUACAGGAGAUCUGCGCUUAUUUUAAUGUUUUUAAAUCGGGUUUCGUCUUGUGUGAAAUUGACCUAUUAAUGAUUGACAUGCCAAGUCAUUAAUGGGUGGUGUUAGUUUCAUGUUUGUUUUGUGCAUUUCUUUUAAUGUCCAAAACCUGUGAAGCUUUUGUUUUGUGAAUUGUCUGACCAGUGUGUGUUGAAAAUGUUGAAUGUACUAUUUUCCCACAUAUUUUUAAUAAGAUGUAGUGGAGUUACAGAAACAAACAACCAGCAAACCUCCUGACAGAGUUCAGUAAAUGCACUUGGUAGAAGUGAUGCUUCUCUCUGUGGUUUUCCAACGCUUUGCUCUUCUCCAGAUGACAUACAAUUGACCAGUUGGUUGAGUUGGUAGCGCUGUUGCCUUUGAGUCAGAAUAUUGUAGGUUCAAGCCUUAUAUCGGGACUAGUCUAAAUUGACACUCCAUUGCAUCUUGGAGGGUGUGCUGCGUUGUCAAGGUACCGUCCUUCCGAUGAGUUAAAUCCAGAUCCCAUCUGUGCCUGUGCAAGUGGAUGCUUGAGAUCCUACGACACUACAGUACUCAAAAAGAGAAGGGAGUUUCUCCCCGUGUCCUGCCAACAAUCACCCAAAUAAAAUUGGUCAUUCAAUUCAUGGCUAUUCGUGGGACAAUGUGGUGCACAAUUUGGCUGCCGUGUUCGCUCACAAAACACAGUCACUACACCACUUGCACUAUACCCUGUGAAAUGCUUUAUUAUGUUUGAUUUGAUUUUCACACCGGGCUCCUAUUUGAGUCUGUUCUAACAUUAUAGGUAAAGGAGAGCUGUGGGAGUAUUGAUUUGGACCUUUUAACAGCAGUGUUUCUUGUUUCCAUUCAUUAUGGGAUGAACUUUGGUAGAUUUGAUGAAACUUAAUCCAGAUGUGGAAGCAUUUUCUGAUCCUGUUCGAGUCAACCAUAUGUAUGCUACUAAUUUCCUGACUUCUGUCAAUGGUGGUGUUUUAUCAGCCAGCAAAAGGCAUGUUUUUCAGGGUGGAAUUCUUGUCCAUUUUGCUCCUUUUCUCCUGCACCAAACAUUGGGACAUUAAUACCAAGGCAUCCUCCAUCAACCAACAGGCCUGAAAAUGACAAUGUUUAUCUGUGGUUAAAACAGUAGUAAUGAGGGGUUUCAUAGUCUUAAUUAUUAAUAUGUUCUGUGCAUCACUUCUUAAAACACAAGUUAUUUCUCUUAAACACUUAAGCUAGCUUUUAAAAAUAAGUCUCGAAAAUGCACUUUCAUAUAAUAACCAGACAUUCUUGUCAAGCAUUUGUUGAAUUGUUUGCUAAUGUACUGUGUUGCAUAAGCAGCAACAAUUUGCAUUUAUAUAGCGCCCCUCAUGCAGGGUAGCUUCCUCAAGUGCUUGCGUACAAUAAGUUAGUACAAUGAGACCAAUCUAUGUUAUUUCGAAUACUGUGCACUUUGAAAUACUUUUAAGUAUCAGUAUAUAUGGAGUUCAAUAAACUUUAUUAAAAAGGUAAAAUGUGUAGCUGGAAUAGAUUGAGAUAAGGAAAGACGGUUACAUAAAAUUAAUAUGCUACAGUCAUCGGGUGUGUCAGAAUCAUUUUAUGGGAGCUCUAAAGUAAAAUCGUAUCACUGCAAUAACAUUGAUAGCAUCUUGAUUUGAAACAAAAUUGGCCUUGAAGAUAUCUUGCCCUAAUAAUGUUUUCUUGUCUUCAUAGAUUCUAGAUUAUGCCAGAAAAACAAAGUAUUACAGUAUUUAUCAAGCUGGUCAUAUGGCAAUCUGAUUCCAUUAGCUCCCACAAUAAUUGGUGUUCAUUUCUGAAAUAUUCCAUUCAGCAUGAUCCUAUGAUUGUUCAUUCAGUCCACCGAAUAAUUAAAUUAUAGUUUAGGUUUUGUCUGUUGGGCACAGAAGAUAUAAAGAUUGAAUAGAAUAAAUAGUACCAUCUUUUUCUGGAAAAAAUCUGCAAUUUAAGUAAAGCAUUGAAAUUUG